CACACACACACACAGAGCGCGAGGACGCUAUAAAGCUGCUCUGUUGGGUUGCUCUUGUCAAAAGUGCUGGAGAUGUGAGGAGGAGUGAAGGAACUGGAGGAACUUCCACACGAUUUCGUUUCCUUUCUGCUGGAUUUCGGGACAAAACUCGCUGAUUCAUUUUUAAUAUUUUGCACAUUUUAGGUCUUUUUUUGCGCAGCUCCAGACUCCUGAUAUAUAUUUAUAUUUAUAUAUAGAUUUAUUUUUUGUAUCAGUUUUAGAAGAAACUUCUUUCUUCCUGACCAGCCUGCACUCAAGAUUAACGGGAUCCGUGCGGAAACAGUAUCGGGAGAGUGUGUGUGUGUGUGUGUGUGUGUGUGUGUGUGUGUGUGUUUGACGUUGCUGUGAUGGGCGCGUGUCCCGCAGGCUCGGUGUCCGCGCUUCACCGGUUCUUUUCCCGCUGCGUGCUCCUGCUGCUGGUGUGUUUGGUGUGCGGGGUUCUGGGGACCUGGGGACCGGGACGGUACAGCUACCAAACCAGGACCUCACUCAACAAAGACCCGAGCAAAAGCAGGAACUGGUGUCCUCACACCGUGACUAAGACAGUGACGUGUCAGGUGCAGAACGGGACGACUUUACAGCGGGUUUAUCAGACGUGCAGGUGGCCGCAGGGAUGCUCCAGCGGCAGUUACCGUACAGUGGUCCGGCCCUCCUUUAAAGUGGUGUAUCGCACUGUCACAGCUCUGGAGUGGAAGUGCUGCCCCGGGUUCAGUGGAGCACACUGUGAAGAAGGUUCUGCCAGCGGGAAUCUGGUGGCUCAGGAGGCCGUGAGAAAACAGGCAACUUUCCGCAAGUCGACGUUACCCAGUCCCACAGAGCAGCUCUCCAGUUGUCUGAACUGCAGUCGUAUCACAGCUCUCACCGAUCGGCUCAGCUCUCUGGAGGAAACGGUCCAGCUCCUUUCCACCCACAGACCCGCUCCAUCUAAAGGUGGAGGUGACCCCGAGUCCGAGUCCUCCUUCCUCAUGGGGGCUCCACCUGCCAGAGGAGCUCCAGGAGCACAGGGUCCUGCAGGUCCACAGGGUGAACGAGGCAGCGACGGGAUACCAGGCAAAGACGGGAAAACGGGUUCUCAGGGUCUGCCCGGGCCGAAGGGGGAGGCUGGAGCCAGGGGUCCAUCGGGUGCUCCAGGGUCUCGUGGAACACCAGGACCAGCAGGUCCCCGGGGACCACCGGGCCUUCCAGGAGAGAAGGGUUUACCUGGACCUCCAGGACCGCCCGGACCUCCCGGACCCCCGGCCUCUGGCUCUGAAGACAGUGAGAAGAAAAACCUGCUGCUGUCCAACAGUUUCCCUGACCCUCGACUGGUUCCUGCUCAGGGACCUCAGGGACCUCCGGGACCCACAGGACCCCCAGGAGCCCGAGGCCCAGCCGGACCGCCAGGCCCUAUCGGACAAAGUGGAAAGCCAGGUUCCCCCGGUGUACCAGGACCAACGGGACCAAAGGGAGAGCGAGGAGAGAGAGGACCUCUGGGGUAUCCAGGAGAGAGAGGCUUCAAAGGAGAGCCGGGUGACCCGGGGCCGAAGGGUGAGCCAGGGGAGAAAGGUCUUCCGGACGUUAGUUUGAAGAUGUUGCAAGACUUGCAGGCUGACCUGGAGCUGCUGGCUCGCAGGGUGCAGCUGCUGGAGGCGAUCAUCUGGCCAGAGCCCGAUGGAGGAUCCGGAGACGGCCCGUUCAGCACCCCGUCUACGGACUUCUUCCGGAACAAGCGUGCCGGCACCCUGCCCUUCCGGGUCAAACCGCCGUCCCUCUAUACCGAGUCUAACAUCCGAAGGAAGUCCUAAAGAGUCAGCCUCUCAUUCCAGCUUGGACUGGCAAAACCCUCGCACGUCCCUAUAACACGUACCGUCCUACAGAUCCGCUCACUAACUCUGGAACAUACCAUUGAAUAAAGAAGGGGAGGGGGGGAACACCUCAGGGAAAAAACCAAGUGGUGCUGCAGAGGUUCACCAUCUCAACUGGAAGUCAGUCUUUAACUUCGAUCUCCCUUUCGCUUGCAUGAAACGAAGAAAAGAGAAAUGUACAGUUAUUCUAACGGUGCUUGAGUAAAGAUUAUACGAUGUGGGACAAUAAGGGGACGAAACAAGCUGGUACACGUGAUGGAGAAAGAACAUCAGGUUAUUAUUCGCUGAAGUCGCUAUAUAUAUAUAUAUAUAUUUUAACAGACCCCUUAGGGAAGCUAGGAAAUGUAUCGUACGUAGGAAAACGCUUAUUCACUAUUCAGUUUUCAAACAUUUAAGCAAUAAAUUAGUUAUCCUCCCUAGCAUUAAAUGCACUAUUUUAGAUGUUGUUGUUUUUUUUUGUAUUCUAGAGAAGCAGGAAGGAAAUAGAAUCCCACGCAAAGGCUUUAAGUUUAAGCAGAACUUACCUGACGCUUGCCAUUUUGACGUUGUGUAAUCUAUAUCUAUUUAUUUGCAGGGUUUUUAUUCGAUUUGGAAUUUAUUACUAAAACACCAUGUUCAGAGCUUUGAGUUUCCAACACAAGAAGAUCUAACGCCAAGUGCACACGACAUCAUUUCAGCCCAGGCUCUUAUUUUAUUAUUUUAUUAUCUAAAAAAAAUAAUGAUAGCAUUAACAAUGAGCUAAAAUAAAAACCCCGCCCUCUAAUCGUCCCUUCAUCAUAAUGAGGAGAUUAAAAAACCGUGCUUGGGAGCACUACUGAUUUCUUCUUCAUCACGGAUUUCUUUUCGGCCUGAAAAUAUAUUAAUGGAGGAGCAAAAAAAAUUCAAUAAAUGAAGUGUAGAAUCCCAAAUUUUGGCAGGAAGGUCCUGAAUCUUGGCUGCUACCUGCUUAUGGCACUAAAUUGACCGCUCGCAUAAAACAGCUUGAAAUAUUUCAGCUAUUCGGCCAUAAAAGAGUCAAUUUUGUAAGUUAGUGCUUGGACCCCUAUUGAUCGCUGCUUACGGGAUCCGUAUAUAUAUAUACUGCAUAAUUGUUUUAAUAUUCUUUCUCUUGUUUUUGCAUAAAUACACACGACAGCAUGUUACUUAUUCUUCAUCUUGUCAAAGUUAUCAACAGUUCUCACUUUUAAUUACUUAAGAUGAUAAGAUUUCGGGAUCGAGGGCGUUUUUUUUAAAAAUUGGGAAUCCUUCGAGGUUUAAAGACAGAAAAAAAAAAAACCUACUCAUAUGAAAGAAAUUUGGCUAGUACACAUAACAUACGCCGAGCAGCAAUUCUGAGCAGACUGUAAUUGUUUUAAAGUCCGAGAAAGAGAAAAAACUACAGAGGUGAAAGAUAUUGGCAGCCAGUCUCGAUCAAAUACUCACGGCAUGUGACCGUAGUCCGUAUUGAACUGAACCUCGUAAAAUUAUAAAACUGCCUUCAUGCAACAAAAACAACAAAUAUAUAAGAAAAGAUCUGGGCUACAAUAAUGUAAGGUGCACUCGGUAUACAUCACGUCUCCCUGAUCUCUAAUCGCGGUGUGGAUCGAUGUGGUUAUCUUCUAAAUACCAAAUAAAAACCGCCUAAGAUCUCCGUCCGGUCAUCAGAGUGACUUAGACGCCAUUUUUUUCUUCUUCUUCUUCUUUUAAAAAAAUUUAAAAUAAUACAAUUAUGAUGAUGUCCUACACAAUCUUUACAGGGUCCUUCAGAGGGAACCUUUAAAAGGACCUUUUAAUUAACCACUGAACCCUUAAAGAACCCCUGAAGAACCUAAAUUCUUCUACAGAGUCUACAAGCACACAGAAGCGCUUCACAGAAGAUCGGUUCAUGGUUGAAAUGACUGAUGAUCAUCUGAGAAAUGAACUUACAUGGAACUUGAAUCUUUUUCUUUCUUCCUAUCUGCAGCUUUAUAUCGUUCUCCAGCUAAAACGCUCAACUGACCUCCUCUUUUUUUUUUUUAAGACUCGUCUUUUGUCGUGUUUUGUUUGGGUUUUUUUUUUCUUCUCUGAAUGUUGAUUAUUUAAAAAAAAAAGAAAAAAAAAGACGAUUAUUAGUCCAUGUUUCUGUGUUUUGUACGACAAGCACAUGUAACGUCAGGUUGUAUUUUCUCCCCUCGGUAUUUUACGGCUUCUCAAAACGUUUGCUCUGAUUUGGUCUCUGUAAGUGUUUGGAGUAAUGUUAAAACAAUAAAGUGUCUGGUGUUCCUUUC